AUGGGUUCCAUGAACUGGUUGGGUUUCUCUCUUUCCCCUCAAGAAGUAGUUCCGGCUGAUCCAACGAUAUCUGAGGGUGCUGAUCAUCAUCAUCAGCAGCACGGCCAAGAUCAUCACGACUUAUCUGACCAGACCACCACACUAGUCUCUCGCCUCCGCUCUAAGUACUCGGAUGAAAUCUCCGGUACCGAUGCCUCCGGAGACUUCUUUGAUCUCACUAAUUCUCAUGACGACACAUCUGCUACUCCUACUGCUCCUAAUCAUCAUUCUCUCAACCACCUCCCCACAUCUUUUGGGAUGCUUCAUCAAGCUGCGUUCAACUCCCAAGGUGCAGAUUGGAAUAUGAACUCACCGGAUAGCACCAACUACAAGUUCACAUCAGACCACCUCUCUAUGCUUAUGGGAAGCAGUAACUCAUGCAAUACCCUAAACCUUGAAAACCAUCAAUAUCGUCAUCAGCAGCAGCCAAAGCUCGAAAACUUCCUGGGCCGACACUCUUUCAUUGCGGAUCAUCACGAUCAUAUCCAGAGUAGCAUUAGUUCUGCGCAUGCAUGCAAUAAUAAAAACACCGCCAGUACUAAUACUACCGACAACAUCUUCUCCAGAACAGCCUCUUCUUUGCAGCUUCCGUUAGAGAUUUCCGAUCCCACAAAUGUCAUAAACGGAGACGGUGCAGUCGGUAACAUUAAUAUCAACAGCAGCAGCUCGAAUAUUGGGCUUUCAAUGAUCAAGACAUGGCUGAGGAAUCAACCAGCACCCCAGCUGCAAGAGAUGAACAAGAGCGAUAUUAAUGGCAUCGGUGUCUCCAACACAAGUACUAGUAUUAGCAGUGCACAGACUCUUUCGCUUUCGAUGAGUACUGCAGGUGCUACUACGGCCGGAGAUCAAACCUGUUCGUCAGAUCGAGAUCGAGAUAAUAAUAAGCAGGCAAUUAUUAGGACCGCUGCCCCCGCAGUGACUACUCAGUCUGGGAUCGAUAACCAGACUAGUAUUGCUACUGCUAUUGAGGCCGUGCCCAGAAAGUCCAUUGAUACAUUUGGACAGAGAACUUCUAUAUACCGUGGUGUAACCAGGCACAGAUGGACAGGUAGAUAUGAAGCUCAUUUGUGGGAUAAUAGUUGCCGAAGAGAGGGACAAACUCGAAAGGGACGGCAAGGUGGUUAUGACAAGGAAGAAAAGGCCGCAAGAGCUUAUGACCUAGCAGCAUUGAAAUAUUGGGGUACUACAACCACUACCAACUUCCCGAUUAGCAACUAUGAGAAAGAGGUAGACGAAAUGAAGCACAUGACAAGGCAGGAAUAUGUUGCAUCUUUGCGAAGGAAGAGUAGUGGGUUUUCUCGUGGUGCAUCCAUUUAUCGAGGAGUGACAAGGCACCACCAGCAUGGGAGAUGGCAAGCAAGGAUUGGAAGAGUAGCAGGGAACAAAGAUCUCUACCUUGGAACAUUCAGUACCCAGGAGGAAGCAGCAGAGGCAUAUGACAUCGCAGCCAUAAAAUUCCGGGGACUUAAUGCAGUAACAAACUUUGACAUGACUAGAUACGACGUGAAGUCGAUUCUGGAGAGCAGCACAUUGCCCAUUGGUGGUGCUGCGAAGCGACUGAAAGACGUUGAGCAGCUGAUGAUGAUGAAUACUAGUACUAGUAAUAGUCUCGAUCAAUAUCAUCAGCAACUGAUAAAUGGAGAUCAUCAUGGAAUGAGAAUAAAUAACGUCUAUGGUACUGGAGUAGGCUGGCCAACUCUUGCAUUUAACCAAGCCGCUACCGCUGUUGCCCAUCAGGCCGCAGUGCCGCCUUUUGGGAUGCAUUAUUACUCAUCAGUGCCAUAUAAUUCUAAUGGCGGGCAGAGGGUUUGGUGCAAGCAAGAGCAAGACACUAAUUCUCAAAGCUUUUAUCAGCCACAAGAUCAUCAUCAUCAACUACUUCAGUUGGGAAGUACUCACAAUUUCUUUCAGCCAGUCAACCUCAUGGGAAAUAGUUCUACGGAUUCUAUGGAACAUAGCUCAGGUUCUAAUUCUGUCGUAUAUAAUGGUACUACUGCCGGAGAUCACGGUGGCUAUAUAAUCCCUAUGGGGACGGCUAUAGCUAAUGAUCAUGAGAAUAAUAGUAAUGCUUUUGGAAAUGGCAGUUCCGAUCAUGAUCAGGUGAAGCCCGCGCUAGGUUAUGAAAAUGUGUUUGGCUCAAGUAGUACUACUACCACUGCGGAUGCUUAUAAUCAUGCAAAGAGCUUGUAUUAUCUUCCGGUUCAGGCGCCACAGUCAUCAUCAGUUUCAUCAAUAGGUGUGUCGAUGAAGGGAAGCAGCGAGUAUGACAAUUGGGUGCCAACAGCAGUUCCAACAUCUACUCACAAUAUGGCUCCUUUCAGUCUGGAAUGA